AUGGUUGCCUCAUCGAACACCGGCCUCGAGCGCGAGGACCACCAGCGCGAUGCCGACUUCAACAAGGCCAUGCACGGCAACUCAGCCCAAGCCCGAGGUGGCGUCGCUGCCAUGUUCCGCAAGGGCGGUGCUGCUAAGCAGGCUGCUGUUGAUGAGUACUUCAAGCACUGGGACAACAAGCCCGCAGAGAACGAGACUCCUGAAGAGCGAGCUGCCCGUCAAGCCGAGUACGCUACUUUGACCCGACACUACUACAACCUUGCUACCGAUCUCUACGAAUACGGAUGGGGCCAAUCCUUCCACUUCUGCCGAUUUUCCCAGGGUGAGCCCUUCUACCAGGCCAUUGCCCGCCAUGAGCACUACCUUGCCCACCAGAUUGGUAUCAAGGAGGGAAUGAAGGUUCUUGAUGUCGGUUGCGGUGUGGGUGGUCCCGCCCGUGAGAUCGCCAAGUUCACCGGUGCUCAUAUUACUGGCCUGAACAACAACAACUACCAAAUUGAGCGAGCCACCCACUACGCCUUCAAGGAGGGUUUAUCAAACCAGCUUCAGUUUGUCAAGGGUGAUUUCAUGCAAAUGUCUUUCCCUGACAACAGCUUUGAUGCUGUUUAUGCCAUUGAGGCUACCGUCCACGCUCCCACUCUCAAGGGCAUCUACAGCGAGAUCUUCCGUGUUCUUAAGCCUGGUGGUGUCUUUGGUGUGUAUGAGUGGCUCAUGACUGACGAGUACGACAAUGACAACCUCCGCCACCGUGAGAUUCGAUUGGGCAUCGAGCAGGGUGAUGGCAUUUCCAACAUGUGCAAGGUCUCCGAGGGUAUCGCUGCCAUCCACGACUCCGGCUUCGAGAUGCUCCACCACGAGGAUCUCGCGGAUCGUCCUGAUACCCUCCCCUGGUACUGGCCUCUGGCUGGUGAGCUUCGCUACGUCCAGACUGUUGGUGACUUCUUCACUAUCGUGCGCAUGACCACCUGGGGUCGAACCAUCGCCCACGGUCUUGCCGGUAUCCUUGAGACCUUCAAGCUUGCCCCUGCCGGAACCAAGAAGACUGCUGAUAGCUUGGCCCUCGCUGCUGACUGUCUUGUCGCUGGUGGCCGAGACAAGCUCUUCACUCCCAUGUACCUCAUGGUGGCUCGCAAGCCUGCCGCGUAA